AUGGACAUCGAUGGUGGUGGCGGCAACAAUGACUUCUCGAUUCCGGAGGAUUCAGAUUCAAUGGACUCGAACUUCUACAAUGAAAGCAACAAACUCAACGUCCUGAAGAGUAGCAUCAUUCCGAAGCUGACGACGACUCCGGUAAGAAGCCGUGGCAACUCCUAUUCAUCACCGGAGAACCUCAUCAAGUACCUACGCUCCAAUUCAGUGUCUAGUAGCGGCAACAGUGGCUCCACCGGGAAGAGCUGCUUCAGAUCAUCGGUUUCGCCCCAGUCGGAGAAGACACCACUGAAGGUGGUCGACGAAGAUGUGUUUGUAAUGGACGGAGUUCUUGUUGCUUCUGAUUCUAGUAUCAUAGGAUCAGGUUCUUCGUCUUCGGGAAGUACUGGUUUCUAUAAGUCGGAAAUUUGCAGGGCUUGGGAGGAACUUGGCCAUUGCCGAUAUAGAUCCAAGUGUCAGUUUGAACAUGGAAAGGAAGACGUACGCCCCACUUGUUUCUCAUUCAGGAUCAAAUCUGAGGUUAGCAUCAAUUUUUUUUAUAUUUCUAUUGAUGAUAUGUAA